ACGGUCACCUGACUGCACCCGGAACCGUUAAGGAAGUAGACAACAACAAGAGCAGGUCUUCAUGCAGAAAACUUGAAUUUCGGAGUUCUUUGGGAGUGAUAACAAUGGAGUCGACCCUCGAACAGCAUCUUGAUGAUACCAUGAAGAACCCAGCAGUGGUCGGUGUGCUCUGUACGGAUCAGCAAGGACACAACCUGGGCUGCCGUGGGUCCCUGUCGGAUGAACAUGGUGGAGUCGUGUCAGUUUUGGCCAAACAAGCUGCAGCUCUGACCAGAGACCCGACCGACACCCCGACCGUGUGUCUGGAGUCUGAGUCAGGAAACAUCCUGGUGAGGAGUCACGGCACCAUCACAGUAGCAGUUCACAAGAUCGCAUCCUGAAGACAACCACUGACGAGUUUCAUUGUAAAGAAAGUCACACAAUCUGAGAAAGAGGAAUCUGGAGUUUCUACACUGAUGUGCUGUGUUUUUUUGUAAAUUCAUAUUCCAAAAGCUUGUUAACUUUGUGUGCUCUUCCUCUCUUUCUGUAAGUAAUGCUCUUCUACUGAUGUCAUGUACAGAACAGGGCUUGCCUCAUGCUGAAUGCAGCCGUGCUGUUGCUGCUGUGUGUGUCUCUUGUGUUGUCUUUUAUUCCCAGGCAGUCAUGCACAGUCAUGAACAACCCUUAAUAAACUUUAACCUGACUGUGA